AUGGGAACGCAAAAUACUACGAAAGAUAUAUGGAGGUAUAAAAAACUAGACCAAUGGAGAAGGAGAACAAACCGAGAGAUCGAGGAAAUAUACGGAGAACCAACAAUCACGAAGAUAAUCAGAGCACGGAGACUAAGAUGGCUAGGCCACGUCGGAAGAGCACCAGAGGAAAGGACAAUUGGGAAAGUAUUAGACCGCCUAAAAGGAGGAAAGAAAAAGAGAGGAAGGCCAAAACUGAAGUGGAUAGACGAUGUUCGAAAAGAUCUUCAAAACUUAGGCAUUGAAGAUUGGAGAUCCAAAGCAGCCGACAGGAACAAAUGGAAAAUUAUUGUUAAAAAAGCCCAGGGCCUUUAA